AUGUCACACAAACAAGGCCGUCUUAACCCACUGACACUGUUCGGCGAACAAAAAAACUUGAAGCUGGUGUCCGAAAAAACAAGUUAUGUGAUUCAAGAAACUGUUGGCUAUGGCACAUUUGGGAUAGUCGUCAUGGCGAAAAAUUCAUCUGGGGAAGUAGUCGCGAUGAAGCGUGUUGUUCAGGAUCAUCACUAUAAAAACCGAGAACUUCCUAUCAUGGAGAUGCUUCAUCAUGUCAAUGUGCUAGAGUUGAAAGACUCUUUUUUUUCCAAAAUACCAAAUGUGAAGGAUGACUAUAUAUUGAAUAUAGUGAUGGACUAUAUGCCAUACAAUUUAUUCCAAGUGACAACGGAAAAAGUUCUGAGUGAAAAACACGUCGUCUCGUUUUCUUUCCAACUUGCGAGGUCACUGACAUACAUCCACUCGUUGGGAAUAUGCCACAGAGAUAUUAAACCACAAAACGUGCUUGUCAACUUAAACGACUUCUCCCUCAAGUUGUGCGACUUCGGGUCUGCUAAACAACUUGAUCCAAAGGGUCCUAACAUCAGUUAUAUAUGUUCGCGGUAUUACAGAGCGCCAGAACUCAUAUUUGACUGCACGCAUUACUCGACGGCCAUUGACAUCUGGGCAUAUGGGUGUGUAGUUGCAGAGAUGGUGAUGCAGAAGCCUCUUUUCAAGGGGUAUAGCAACACAGACCAACUUACAGAGAUCAUGAAAAUACUUGGCAACCCGUCGAUGGAGCAAAUAUAUGCAAUGAACAGAAACACGUCAGUCUUCAGAAUGCCACAAAUCAACGCGAUAGGGGUUAAGGCUAUUUUAGCACCUUACAAAUACCCUCCAGGGCUUGACAAUUUACUCGAAGAAGUGUUACAAUACAACCCAUUCUCGAGACCAACUGGUAUGAUGGUUAUGGCACAUCCCUUCCAUAAAGCUGCGCGUGUAGGUGUCGUGUUCACAGACGAUGAAGUGAAAGAAGCCAAGGUGAGAGGUAUCAACUUAUCUAUUUGA